AUGGGGAAAUUGAUCAGAAUGGGAACACGGGAGAGGCGGUUACUCCGGCCAAAGCGGCUUCAUUGGAAUCGCCUCUUCUUCCUGUUGGGAAUGUUGAUCAUCGGUUCCACCUACCAGCACCUGAGGAGCCCCCGGGGCCUCCCCUCAUUGUGGGCAGCAGUCUCCUCCCAACACCCUAUGAAACUGGCCAGCCGUGACCUCCCUAACAACAAUAUGAUGAUGGUGAGCAGUGACCCUCCAAGAGCUAGCUCUGAAAUGGCGGGUGACACACGGGUGCCCCAAACUACAGUGGGCAGGGGUGAGGCAACACCUGGCAUAACAAUGGAGAAUACCCCCAAUCCACCCAGAAGGACAGCCAACAUCACUCCAACAAUACCCAAGAAUAACUACAGCCUAACAGCAGCAGACACAGAAAGAAUGAAGGAAGACACCACAAUCACACCCAGUAGAGUACUGAAUCACUACACCCCAACUUCAAGCAGGCCAACAGUAAAGAAUCAUACCCCAACAACAUCACCCAGGGUAGAAAUGCAGAGCUAUCACCCAACUCAGGCUGGGAGAAAGGUGAUGAAAUACACCCCAUCUCCACUUGGUAGACUAGUAAGCACUUAUGUCCCAUCCACACUCAUGACAAUGACAGAGAGCCAUGGGAUCACCCCCAGAACAACAGUGAAAGACAGUGAAACUAUGACAACCACCAAAAUAUUGGAGACCAACCCCUCUAAGAGAAUAGUAGAGGAAACCACCCCAACUACUCUCAAAGGAAUAAUUAAUAAAACGCCAACUUUCCUGAUAAAUGACAUAGAAACAAACAUCUUGACUUCUCCAAGGAGUAUGACAGAAGAGAACACCCUGACUACCCCCAGAAGAGUGGACAAUAACAGACUGACUAAGCCCCGGAGGUUAGUGGGAAAGAACAAGCUGACAACGCCCCUGGGAAUGGGCCUGGAGCACACCACAGCCAUCUCUGAGGGGCAAGUGACAAUACGCACCACCACAGCAGGCAGUGGCCUAACAGAAACCAAAGCCUCUACCGCUACCUGGAGUAUUAGUAAUCCCUUAUCUGGAACCAGUGUGUCAACCAUCGGAAUGUCCUCCGCCACCUUCCGGGGGCUGGCAAAGAAAUCUUCCAUGGCACCCAGGCCCUCAACACCCUCCAAGGUCAGGGCAAAUCCAGCCAUCCAGGUCCGUCACUGUGUGGUUGUGGAGCCAGCCCCGGCGGUGCCCCCUGCUCCCUCCCCCAGCCUGACAACAGCUAUGAUCCCAGAGGCACCUAGUUCCAAUCCCUCAGUGCUGCCUCCUGGCUGGCCAGACCUUCACUCCAAGGCAGAGUACCCCCCAGACUUGUUCAGCAUAGAGGAGCGGCGACAGGGCUGGGUGGUCCUGCACAUCUUUGGCAUGAUGUACGUGUUUGUGGCCUUGGCCAUCGUGUGUGACGAGUACUUUGUCCCAGCCCUGGGUGUCAUCACAGAGAAACUGCAGAUCUCAGAUGAUGUGGCAGGUGCCACCUUCAUGGCUGCUGGAGGCUCUGCCCCUGAGCUCUUCACCUCCCUCAUUGGUGUCUUCAUCUCUCACAGCAAUGUGGGCAUUGGUACCAUCGUGGGCUCUGCUGUGUUCAACAUCCUCUUUGUCAUCGGCACCUGUGCCCUCUUCUCCCGGGAGAUCCUCAAUCUCACAUGGUGGCCCUUAUUCCGUGAUGUCUCUUUCUACAUCCUUGACCUGAUAAUGCUCAUUCUCUUCUUCCUGGACAGCCUCAUUACCUGGUGGGAAAGCCUGCUGCUACUGCUGGCCUAUGCUUUAUAUGUGUUCACCAUGAAGUGGAAUAAGCAGCUCGAGGUCUGGGUGAAGGAGCAGCUCAGCAGGAGGCCAGUGGCCAAGGUCAUGGCCCUAGGGGACUUCAGCAAGCCAGGCAAUGGGGAGGCUGCGGUGGAUGAGCUACAGGAAAACAAGAAGCUAAAGGUGGUGCUCCCCGCAAUGCUGACCCGAGCGAGCAGCCCGGCCUCUCUGCACAACAGCAUCAUCCGCGGCACCAUCUACCAGCUCAUGAUCCACAGCCUGGACCCUCUGAGAGAAGCCCGCCCCUCCAAAGACACGGAGAGCUUGAGUCAGGAGGCCAAAGCCAAGCCUCACGCUAACGCAGAGAACAAACCAGAAGAGGAGGAGCCAGCCCAGCUUCCUGCGGUCACAGUCCCACCAGCCCCCACUCCAGAUGUCAAGGGGGAUCAGGAGGAGGAGGAUCCCGGCCGUCAGGAAGGAGAUGUGGCUGGAGCUGAGAGCACGGGUGAAGUGAUAGGUGAAGAGGCUGAAACUCCUGAUAGAGGUGAAAACGGACAACAAGGUGGAGGUGAAACUCAACUGGAAGGUGAAGGUGAAAUUGAAGCAGAAGGAGAAGGAGGUAAACAUGAAGGUGAAAUCGAAGCAGAAGGAGGAGAAAGUGAACAUGAAGGUGAAAUCGAAGCAGAAGGAGGAGAAAAUGAUGAAAUGAAAGCUGAUGAGGGUGAAAAUGAAGAGCAGGAACUCAGUGCUGAAAGUCAGGGUGAAGCCAAAAGUGAUGAGAAAAGUAGAGAUGGUGAAGGGGGAGGUAAAGGAGGUGGAAGUGAAGAUGAAGAGGAGGAAGACGAGGAGGAAGACGAGGAGGAAGACGAGGCGGAGGAGGAGGAGGAGGAAGACGAGGAGGCAAAUGAGGAGCCUUUGUCCCUGGAGUGGCCCAAGACCAGGCAGAAGCAGGCCAUUUACCUGUUCCUCCUGCCCAUUGUGUUCCCACUGUGGCUGACCGUGCCCGACGUCCGGAGGCUGGAGUCUAAGAAGUUUUUUGUUCUCACCUUCCUGGGAUCCAUCAUGUGGAUAGCCAUGUUCUCAUACCUCAUGGUAUGGUGGGCUCACCAGGUUGGUGAAACAGUAGGGAUUUCUGAAGAGAUAAUGGGCUUGACGAUCCUAGCGGCAGGCACGUCCAUUCCUGACCUCAUCACCAGUGUGAUUGUUGCUCGGAAAGGCCUGGGAGACAUGGCUGUGUCAAGCUCUGUGGGCAGUAAUAUAUUUGAUAUCACCGUGGGCCUGCCUGUCCCUUGGUUGCUCUUCUCUUUCAUCAAUGAAUUACAGCCUGUUCCAGUCAGCAGCAAUGGCUUGUUUUGUGCAAUUGUUUUGCUUUUUCUCAUGCUCUUGUUUGUGAUCUCUUCAAUUGCAUCGUGCAAAUGGAGAAUGAACAAGAUCCUGGGCUUCACAAUGUUCCUCCUUUACUUUGUAUUCCUGAUAAUCAGCGUGAUGUUAGAAGAUCGAAUCAUUUCCUGUCCUGUAUCUGUCUGA